CGAAUCAUGAUUUUGUUACCAAUCCUGUAUUUAUGGAUAAUAGCUCUAAAUCUAAUGAGUUUAACGAGAAUGUAUUCAAAGAUAAUUUUGAAGUGGUAUGUGUUGACAAUUAUGGAACUUUAAAUUUAUUUGGUAGAAUGUCGAAAGCCGCUUUAGAUCAGCUGCAACAUGAGGCCUCUUUGGCAAUGGAGUAUUUUAAUGAACCUCACGUGGAUAGAUUUGAAGCUUUGUUCUUGAAAAGAGUUGAUAAUGUGAAAUUAAGAUACGAUAACUUCGCAAGGAUAACCCAAAUCCCAAAAUCAUACAAUGAAUAUAAUAAAGCUGCCAAGUUGGAUUUUCCUGAUACUUUUGUACACUUUGCAAAGACAAUACCAAAAUUACUUAAGCAAGGACUUACAAACAGGGUCAAUUUAGUCGCAGUCAAUUAUAACAAAUUACCACCUUGGUCCACUUCUGAAAAAUCAAAAACGUAUAUUUCAUCUAAUACAAAUCUUUAUAUUGGAUUUAUAUUUAAUCCUGAUGAAUCCAAUCGACUUGUUGAUUAUGGUCCAUCACCUGAAGAUGAAAAUGCAGCAGCUAAGUUUCGUAAAUUAUGGGGAAAGAAGGCAGAAGUUAGAAGAUUUAAAGACGGAAGUAUCCUUGAAUGUGUAGUUUGGGAUUCUAAACAAGGAAUUGAAUCAAGGAGUUUGGUGGUUAAUCAAAUUGUUUUACAUUUGAUGGAAUUGCAUUAUAGAAUUAAAGAGAACAAAGGAAUACAAUAUUGGGCAGGACAACUAAAUAAAUUUGUUAGACCUUCUAGGGAUGUUCCAAAAAGAAUUUGGAAUCCAGAGUUAAGUAACCAAGGAUUUCAACAUGUUAUGAGUGCAUAUGAUAAAUUGGUUAAGCAAUUUUACGCAUUAGAGGAUAUACCUUUAAGAAUUUCAAGUAUUAAAGGAUCGAGUCCUUCGCUUCGAUAUUCUUCUGUGUUCAUACCUCAACCAAUUCAUUGGAAAUUAAAGGAUGGUGAUGAUGAUGCGCUCCAAUCUCAUUAUAACGAACCUAUUGAUAUAAUUAUACAGUUUGAGUAUUCGGCAAAAUGGCCUAAUGAUCUUGUUGCUAUACAGAAAAUGAAGAUAGCAUUCUAUAUUUGUUUAUCGAAUCAGUUUCGAAAACAAUUUCCUGAAACAAAAACAAAAGUUGUCGCUACGUCAAAUUUAAAUGCGAUAAUAUCAACUACUACAUGUUUAGAGAUAUAUUUUACCAACACAAGAUUUACGUUUAGAUGUUUUAUACAUCAUGAACGUGAAUUGACAUUAUUGGACCGUAGUAUAAAAGAUAAAAAUUCAGCUCCAGCAAAACGAGACCUUUAUACGAAAGCUUUAUCUCGUUUAAGAAGGAAAUUUCUUGAUUUACCUUUACAUAAUACGCAAAUACAAACAUUAUGUAAUAAACACCCUUCACUUUCUUUAACCAUUAGAUUAUCUAAAAGAUGGUUUAGUGCACAUUUAUUAACAUCAAUUCAUAUUGAUGAAGAAUUUAUUGAGGUGCUAUGUGCUGUGAUUUAUUUAAAUCCUAAUCCUUGGAGAAGACCUUCGAGCGGAUUUGUGGGAUUUCUGAGAGUUUUGGAAUUCCUUGUAGAAUGGGAUUGGAAAAAUGAUCCCGUUAUCGUCGAUUUAGAUGAAUCAAAUAAUAGCAAAGAAGGAAGUGUUGUAAUUGGUACUUCUAGUACAAAAACCGUUGAGAACGGAACAAAUGUCAACGAUGAGACAAUAAAGAAAAGCGUUUUUGAUAAACUUUUAGAAAAGUUUAAGAAUACAAGAGCAAAUGGAAAUUUUAAACAUUCAACGAUGUUUUUGGCUACUAUCAAUACAAUGUCUAAUGAAGGCGUAAUAUGGGGAGAGGAGAAACCUAGUAAAGUUGUGGCUAUUAGAAUUAAGGAAUUAGCUAAAGCUGCAAUUGAAUGUGUCGAUGAAAUUAUUAACGGAAAAGUUGUAGACGAUAAAGGAUUCAAGAGAUUAUUUGUUACGCCAUUACAAGAUUUUGACGUGAUAAUACAUUUGAAUCUAAGUGUGUGCACGCGUUAUUAUCAAAAUUUAGAUCCCGACAAAUCCUAUUUUAUAAGAGAUAAAGAUCAUAGAGAAAAUGAAAAACGUGAAGAAAUUUUAAAACUUUUUGAAUUGGAAGCGGGAAUAAGUGAGAAAAGGAAUAUAGAAGUAGAUGAUAAAGAAAAAAAUGAACAGUCAAAUGAGGAAGAUGAGAAUGAGUCGGAGGAAAAAUGGCCAAUAAUUGGAUUUGAUCCAGUGGAAUGUUAUAUAAAUGAACUAGAAAAGGUCUAUUCAGAUACAUCGUCAUUAUUAUUCUUUUAUGAUAAAUAUGGUGGUACCUUUAUCGGCCUAGUAUGGAAUCCUACAAAUUUUAUUCCUAAAACAUGGAAAGUCAACAUUGGAUUUUCUAGUAUUCCUGUCGAUCUUAUAUCAAACGAAGAAAGAGAUAAGGUAUUAGUAAAGAAGGGUGAGCCCAAAAAACAACCAACCCAAAAUGGUGAAAAAAUUUAUUCUAACAAAGUUAUCAUAAAUACUAAAGCGAUUGUAUUAGAAAUAGAAAGAUUAG